GGAAGUUAAUAGAAAACGAAACUGAUCUCUCUCUCCGCAUGUGAGUUCAGGAAAAUGGCUGAAGCCAGUAUUUCAGUAGAUCAGCUUUCAGUGGAUCAGUUCAGCUGUCCAGUGUGUCUGGAUCUCCUGAAGGAUCCAGUGACUAUCCCCUGUGGUCACAGUUUCUGUAAGGUGUGUAUUAACAGUCACUGGGGUCAGGAGGAUCAGAAGGCCAUCUACAGCUGUCCUCAGUGCAGAGACACUUUCACUCCAAGGCCUGUUCUACGCAGAAACAACAUGCUGGCUGAAGUGGUGGAGAAACUGAAGAAGAUUGAAGUCCAAGCUGCUUCUCCUGCUCACUGUUACGCUGGACCUGGAGAUGUGGAGUGUGAUUUCUGCACCGGGAGAAAACACAAAGCCGUCAAGUCCUGUCUGAUGUGUCUGGCUUCUUACUGUGACACUCAUCUGAAACCUCAUCUUGAACGUCCUGCUUUAAAAAAACACACAUUAACUGAUGCCUCUGGAAAUCUACAAGAGAAGAUCUGCUCUGAACAUGAUGAAGUGUUGAAGAUCUACUGUCGUACUGAUCAAAGGUGUAUUUGCCCUUUGUGCAUUUUGGAUAAACAUAAAGGCCAUGACGCUGUAUCAGUUACAGCAGGAAGAGCUGAGAAACAGAGAGAGUUAAAGGAGGAGCAGAUGAAAUUCCAGCAGAGAAUCCAGGAGAAGCAGAAGAAGGUGCAGGAGCUGAAACAGACUGUGAACACUAUAAAGCUCAGUGCACAGACAGCAGUAGAUGACAGUGAGAGGAUCUUUACUGAGAUGAUCAGCUCCAUGGAGAAAAAGCGCUCGGAGGUGACGGAGCUGAUCAGAGCUCAGGAGAAGGCUGAACUGAGUCCAGCUGAACGACUCCUGGAGCAACUGGAGCAGGAGAUUGCUGAUCUUCAGAGGAGAGUCACUGAGCUGGAGCAGCUUUCACACACACAUGAUCACAUCCAUUUCGCUUUAGCUUCUGGACAUCAGUCUCCUACAUUAUUCAGAACAGAGUUUGACACGUCCAGCAUCACUGUCCCUCAACAUCUGUCAUUUGAUGGAGUGAGGAAUUCUCUCUCAGAUCUGAAGAAGAGACUGGAGGAAUUCUGUGAGGAGGAAUUCAACAAAAUCCCUCCACAUGCUGCAGCAGUUCAGAUCAUUUCACCACCAGAGCCACAGAGCAGAGAAGAGUUUCUGAAAUAUUUCUGUUAUCUGUCUCUGGAUCCCAACACGACACAUCGUAACCUCAUUCUGUCUGAGAAGAACAGAGUGGUGAGAUACAGUAAGAGAGAGCAGAAGUACUCUGAUCAUCCAGAGAGAUUUGACUCCUGGCCUCAGAUGUUGUGUAAGGAGAGUGUGUGUGGACGCUGUUACUGGGAGGUGGAGUGGAGUGGUGAUGUUGGUGUGUCCAUAUCAGUCUCAUAUAAAGACAUCAGCAGGAAAAGACUGAGUUAUGAGUGUGUGUUUGGACGCAACAAUCAGUCCUGGAGUCUGCAAUGUUUUUCUUCUUCUCUCUCUUUCUAUCACAACAACAUUAAGACUGAUCUCAGAGUUCCAUCACCAUCCAGAAUAGGAGUUCAUGUGGAUCACAGUGCAGGAACUCUGUCCUUCUACAGCGUCUCUGACACCAUGAAGCUCCUCCACAGAGUCCACACCACAUUCACUCAGCCUCUAUAUGCUGGGUUUGGGUUUAGGUUUGGCCUCUUUGUUGAUUCAAGAUCAGAAGCGAGGUUGUGUGAUCCAGAAUGUUUCAAGAGUAAAGUCUUUAUUAGCCGUUUUGUUUCCCUGUGUGUGCUGGAGCUCCCCAAUACAUUGCUCAUAGAGACGAUGCAAGAUGAACUGCAGCUACAUGGAUAUAUUUCUGUACUGAAGGGAGAUGAAAUGGUUAACAGAGGAGUGUUCAUAACCUGUACGUGUUUGUGCUCCUCCUCCUCCUCUCUCUCUCUCUCUCUCUCACUCAUACACACACACACACACACACACACACACACACAGAACCAGGAAGUUUCAGAGAAAACGAAACUGAUCUCUCUCUCCGUGUGUGAGUUCAGGAAAAUGGCUAAGGCCUGUAUUUCAGUAGAUCAGCUUUCAGUGGAUCAGUUCAUCUGUCCAGUGUGUCUGGAUCUCCUGAAGGAUCCGGUGGCUAUCCCCUGUGGUCACAGUUUCUGUAAGGUGUGUAUUAAUGGCUGCUGGGAUCAGGAGGAUCAGAAGGGCGUCUACAGCUGUCCUCAGUGCAGAGACACUUUCACUCCAAGGCCUGUUCUACGCAGAAACAACAUGCUGGCUGAAGUGGUGGAGAAACUGAAGAAGACUGAAGUCCAAGCUGCUUCUCCUGCUCACUGUUACGCUGGACCUGGAGAUGUGGAGUGUGAUUUCUGCACCGGGAGAAAACAUAAAGCCGUCAAGUCCUGUCUGAUGUGUCUGGCCUCCUUUUGUGAAACUCAUCUGGAACCUCAUCUUGAACGUCCUGCUUUAAAAAAACACACAUUAACUGAAGCCUCAGCAAAUCUACAAGAGAAGAUCUGCUCUGAACAUGAUAAAGUGCUGGAGAUCUACUGUCGUACUGAUCAAAGGUGUAUUUGCUCUUUGGGUGUGUUGGAUAAACAUAAAGGCCAUGACGCUGUAUCAGUUACAGAAGGAAGAGCUGAGAAACAGAGUGAGUUAAAGGAGGAUCAGAUGAAAUUCCAGCAGAGAAUCCAGGAGAAGCAGAAGAAGGUGCAGGAGCUGAAACAGGCUGUGAACACUAUAAAGCUCAGUGCACAGACAGCAGUAGAUGACAGUGAGAGGAUCUUUGCUGAGAUGAUCAGCUCCAUGGAGAAAAAGCGCUCGGAGGUGACGGAGCUGAUCAGAGCUCAGGAGAAGGCUGAACUGAGUCGAGCUGAACGACUCCUGGAGCAACUGGAGCAGGAGAUUGCUGAUCUUCAGAGGAGAGUCACUGAGCUGGAGCAGCUUUCACACACACACGAUCACAUCCAUUUCCUCCAGGCUUUAGCUUCUGGACGUCAGUCUCCUACAUUAAAUAGACCAGAUUUUGAGCCGUACAGCAUCACUGUCCCUCAAUAUCUGUCAUUUAAUGGAGUGAGGAAUUCUCUCUCAGAUCUGAAGAAGAGACUGGAGGAAUUCUGUGAGGAGGAAUUCAACAAAAUCCCUCCACAUGCUGCAGCAGUUCAGAUCAUUUCACCACCAGAGCCACAGAGCAGAGAAGAGUUUCUGAAAUAUUUCUGUUAUCUGACUCUGGAUCCCAACACGACACAUCCUAACCUCAUUCUAUCUGAGAAGAACAGAGUGGUGAGAGUCAGUGAGAGAGAGCAGCAGUACUCUGAUCAUCCAGAGAGAUUUGACUCCUGGUGUCAGGUGUUGUGUAAGGAGAGUGUGUGUGGACGCUGUUACUGGGAGGUGGAGUGGAGCGGUGGGUUUGGUGGUGUGUCCAUUUCAGUCUCAUAUAAAGACAUCAGCAGGAAAGGACGGGGUAAUGAGUGUGGGUUUGGAUUCAACAAUCAAUCCUGGAGUCUGUGGUGUUCUUGUUCUUCUCUCUCUUUCUAUCACAACAACAUUAAGACUGAUCUCAGAGUUCCAUCACCCUCCAGAAUAGGAGUUUAUGUGGAUCACAGUGCAGGAACUCUGUCCUUCUACAGCGUCUCUGACACCAUGAAGCUCCUCCACAGAGUCCACACCACAUUCACUCAGCCUCUAUAUGCUGGGUUUGGAUUUGUUUUACUAUCAUACGUGAGGUUGUGUGAUCCAGAAUAAGAUGUAUCUGGUGUUUUGUGGUCAGUAACAAGUAGAAAUUGUAUCACAAAUGAUCUUAUAGAAAAGUGUUUAAUUUCAACAAGAUUCCACAUUAUAGAGAGAUCAUUCCUGAGCACCAAAGCACUAAAAUGUAAAUCUAAAACACACACACAGAAUAUUCAUUCUUUGUAAUGUGGUAAUCAUUUUAUUAUCCACAGACACUUACAGAAGUGAGGUUUAUAGGUUUUUAACAAUUAAGAACCUUAUUUUAAUGAAACAUUUAUAAAGUUUACAAUAUCCUGGUUGUGUAAGUAUGUACAGCUUUAUAAUUGGGGGUGUGUCUGUGUUCAGAAUAAACCAAUCACAUUCAAUCUCAUGUACAAAAGUAAUUAUCAUCAGCUGAAUCAAUGAAAUGAUUCUGAUUAACUCCAAAUAAAGAAGAUUCUGUGGGA